CAUCUUCACAACAACACUUUCUUCUUUUUCUUCCUCACUUUUCCUCAUCCAAGUUCAUUUAGAAAUUCAAGCUCAAAGAUGAUUCAAAUUUCGUCUUCCAAUUACAUGCCUGAAUUUGAAAUGGAAGACACUAGUUUGUUUCAAGAAAUGGAUUCAUUUGCAUUCAACUUUGAUGAUAUUUCAUACUUGAACUCUUUUUCAGCAGCAUCCACACCUGAGAGUACUCAUUCCUCUCAUAAUAAUAAUAAGAGAUUUCAUUCAGAAACCACACAAAUCAACUCUUUCCCCAUUGAAAGUCCUGAUCAAUCUGUUGCCUCUGCAACACUACCAACAAAGGCUUCUUCUUCUUCUUCAAAAAUCAUUUCUUUUGACAAUAUGGAUGCAAGGAUUAAGAAGCCAAAAAUCGAGUCUGAGUAUGGCGAAAACUUGAAUUUUGGAAGUGAGUAUGAUAAACGAGAAAACAAGGCUGCGACAGCGAUAACAAACAGAAACCCGAUCCAAGCACGAGAUCAUGUAAUAGCUGAAAGAAAACGAAGGCAAAACCUUAACCAGAAAUUCAUUGUUCUUUCCUCCAUUCUUCCUGGACUCAAAAAGAUGGACAAGGCAACUAUUCUGGAAGAUGCUAUAAUUCAUCUAAACCAAUUAAAAGAACAAGUCAAGAAUUUAGAGGAACAAGUAGCUGAUACAAAAGUCGAAUCCGCAGUUUUUGUGAAGCGAUCUAUUAUCUUUGCCAAUGAUGAUAGCUCCUCCACUUACGACGAAAACUCAGACCAAUCACUCCCAAAAAUCGAAGCAAGAGUUUCUGGAAAAGACAUGCUCAUCAAAAUCCACUGCCACAAACUCCGCGGCGGAACUGCGACGGCAAUACUCUACAAACUCGAAAAACAUCAUCUCAGCAUUCAGAGUAGUUCCGUUUUACCAUUUGGAAAUAACUAUAUUGACAUAACCAUUGUUGCUGAGGUGAAUAAAGAAUAUUGCUUGACAAUAAAAGAACUGAUAAGAAGCAUAAAUCAGGUUUUGAACCAGCUCGUUUGAUUCAAAAUAUCCAAAUUUUCUGAUGUGCAAGCUAAUGACUCAUGACUAUUUACUUCAUAAUGCUAAGGUGUUUUCCUUAUUUUUUGCACUCUAGCAUUUUCGGGACUCUGCAGUUUUUUUUUUCUUUCACACAAGAGGGAUUUUUUUAUAAGAUUUGACUCUUGAGAUUGAUCUGUUUGAUCCCUCUUUCACGUUGUGAAGAUUGAAUGACGAUGUUGAGUGUUUUUAUUAUUUAUGUUGUUUCUUUUGUCAUUUUGUGAUGUAUCAGUUCUAUAAAUUAUAUAAAAUUUUAUGAUUAUUGGAUA